AUGAGUGGAUGGUUACCAUUUGAACAACAGUUAUAUGAUAUCUUCGGAUGCGACGAGCCCACAGAAUUGGCUGAAAAUUAUGUCUGUGAAGCUCGAUCAGAUGGCCAGGGCAUAAGCGAGAAAACGAGAAAGACAGCAAUCCUGAUGAGGAAUUGGAUCCAAAUGGCCUUAUUGAAAGAGCAUCCUCUCAUUAUCCAAGCUGUUGGCUGCACUCGGGAUGUCCUUGAUCUUCCUUUGAUCCCUGCCAAUGAUCAAUCACCAGAGGACAGUCUGUCAUUGUUGAACUUGCCUCAACUUCAUACACAGUUUCUCGUUGGUAACGGCACAGAAGAUCAGAAGAUUUCGAUACUCCUCGGUGACAACAUGUUUUUCAUGCUUUCAAAAUUCCUUAAGAUGAAUGUGACAUGGAAGCCCUAUCAAGGACUAGGUCAUUGGUAUCGUGUUGAAGACCAAAUUGAGGACAUUUUGAAAUUUCAUGAAGCCCAUGUCCGCAUUCCACUGUGA